UAUUCAAAUGACAGGGAGCACUCGCUCAAUUUAGUUUUUCCUAAAUAUUAGUAAUAAUAGUAACACUUCUUUCAAGAAAACUGCAAAAAGUCGCCAGGAAAGAGCCACUCAACAGCAGAUUGAAGCUCUAGUCACCUUUUUAGAACAACAUCCUCAUGUGGUAUCUGGCAAAUUCACAACAAUGAACAGUCAUACACAAUUACAAGGAAGUUGGGAAGACUUAGCCACAUUCUUAAAUUCAUUAAAACCGAAUGGCAAAGAAAAAGAUGUUAAGUCAUGGAAGACUACAUGGCGAGAUCUGAAAUCGAAAGUUUCAGAUAAAGUACAAAAAUUGAGAAAAGAAAGAGCAGCAACAGGAAAUAAUCCUAUUAACAUAAAUAUAUCCGAAUUAGAGAAAAGAAUUCUAGGAAUUAUUGGACACGAGUAUAUACAAGGCUUAACAGGUAUACCUGAUAGUUUUCCCGAAGAACAUGAUAAUGCCAUUCAAGAACUGACAGCAGGAAAUGAAAAUAUAUUAAACGAAAUGCCAGUUCCAAUUAUAAUCCCAGAAUUAGAAGACAUUUCAAUAGACAUCACAAAUGAAAAUGAAGGUGAACUGAGGACUGAACAGCAUAAUCCUAUUGCACAGAACAUAAUAGAUCCAUGUAUAUCAUCAUCACAAGGAAAUACAACACAAACCAGACCAAGUGAGCCCAGAAAACGUAGAAAUGUAGAUCGUUUAGGAGUACAAUUAUAUGAUGCUCGAGAAUCUUUUGGGACAAUAGCAGAUAAACACGCUGAAGCACUGAUGAUGUUAGCUGAGGCAAUGAAAUUACAAGCCGAAGCUACCUUACAAAUAAGCAAUGUUAUGGAGAGAAUGGCAAAGAAUGAGGAACGGCAAACACAGUUAUUGGAAGUCAUAUUCAAAUGUAUACAGGACGAGAAAAUAUAAACGUU